AGCCUCUGGCUGAGCAUGGCCCUCCUAGCCCCGGGCCCGGACCCCUGGAGCCUCCCGGGCCUUUUCCUCUUCUGGCUGUUUCUGCUGCCACGGCUGCUGACCGCGGGGGCCGCUGGGCAGGGGCCCCUACCCAGGGUCAUCUACCACGCAGGGGACGGACGCAGGGUUCUCAGCCUCUUCCACCAGAAGGGCCUCCAGGAUUUCGACACUCUGCUUUUGAGUGGUGAUGGAGGCACUCUCUAUGUGGGGGCUCGGGAGGCCAUUCUGGCCUUGAACAUCCAGGAUCCAGGGAUGCCAAAGCUGAAGAACAUGAUACCCUGGCCGGCCAGUGACCAAAAAAAGAGAGAAUGUGCCUUUAAGAAGAAGAGUAAUGAGACACAGUGCUUCAACUUUAUCCGUGUCCUGGUCUCUCUCAACGCCACCCACCUAUAUACAUGUGGCACCUUCGCCUUCAGCCCCGCUUGUACCUUCAUCGAACUCCAAGAUUCCUACCUGAUGCCCAUCUCCCAGGACAAAGUUGUGGAGGGGAAAGGCCAAAGCCCCUUCGACCCUGCCCAUAAGCACACAGCUGUCUUGGCAGAUGGGAUGCUCUAUUCUGGCACCAUGAACAACUUCUUGGGCAGCGAGCCCAUCCUGAUCCGCACGCUGGGACCCCAGCCUGUCCUCAAGACCGACAACUUCCUCCGCUGGCUGCAGCCGGACGCCUCCUUCGUGGCAGCCAUCCCCUCGACCCACUUCGUCUACUUCUUCUUCGAGGAGACGGCCAGCGAGUUCGAGUUCUUCGAGAAGCUCCACACGUCCCGCGUGGCCAGAGUCUGCAAGAACGACGUGGGCGGAGACAAGCUGCUGCAGAAGAAGUGGACCACCUUCCUGAAGGCGCAGCUGCUCUGCGCGCAGCCGGGGCAGCUGCCUUUCAACGUCGUCCGCCACGCGGUGCUGCUGCCCGCCACUGCCUCCGCAGACGCCCGCGUCUACGCCACCUUCAGCUCCCAGUGGCAGAUCGGUGGGACCAGGAGCUCUGCCGUCUGUGCCUUCUCUCUCAAGGACUUCAGACGUGUCUUUGAGGGGAAGUACAAGGGGCUGGACAAAGAGACUUCACGCUGGACUACUUACGGGGUUCCCGAGAUCAGUCCCCGGCCAGGCAGCUGCUCCGUGGGCCCCUCCUCUGAUAAAGCCUUGACCUUCAUGAAGGACCAUUUCCUGAUGGACGAGCAGGUGGUGGGGACCCCCGUGCUGGUGAAGUCUGGCGUGGAGUACACGAGACUCGCGGUGGAGACAGUCCAGGGCGUCGACGGGCACAGCCAUCUGGUCAUGUACCUGGGCACCACCACGGGGUCCCUCCACAAGGCUGUGGGGAGUGGGAACAACAGCGUCCAUCUGGUGGAGGAGAUCCAGCUGUUCCCUGAACCUGAACCUGUCCGCAACCUGCUGCUGGUCCCCGCACAGGGUGCAGUGUUUGCGGGCUCCUCAAGGGGCAUCUGGCGGGUCCCACGAGCCAACUGUAGCGUCUAUGAGAGCUGUGUGGACUGUGUCCUUGCCCGGGACCCCCACUGUGCCUGGGAUCCAGAGUCCCGGACCUGCCGCCUCCUGCCCACCCCCAUCCCGAAGUCCUGGAGGCAGGACAUGGAGCAAGGGAACCCACGGUUCGCCUGUGCCACUGGCCCCGUGGGCAGAAGCCGCCAGCCUCAGAGCCGCCCCGAAAUCACACCUGCCCGGCUGGAGACCUGA